AUAAUUUUGCAAAAGCAAAAAUAAACAUUCGUGGCAACAAAGAUUUUCUUAAAAUUUCACAAAAUUUUUAUUUAUUUAUGUGCCUAAUAAACUAAUCAAAAACAAACGAAUUAUUUGUAAUUAAUUACCUACAAUCCAAUCUCAAGGAAGCCAAAAACGAAUAACUUAAAAAUAUGGCCAAUUUAAAACAAGACCUCGACGAGUAUUUACUUUUGCAAAGUGAUCAGAAGAAAAAUUUUGGCAUAAAAAUGCCCGAUAUUAAAGUUCCUGAAUUUGGAAAAUUAUUUUCGCGCACUGAAUCUGCUCCCGAAGCAAAUAGUUGGUUAAAAGAAACUCAAGAUUCGUGUUGUCCGAAAUUAUCACGGUUACAAAGAAUCGUCGGAUUUGUUGCAUGUUUGGGCAUGGGGGCGCUUUGUUUAACUAUUUCCACAUUCUACAUUCCUGUCCUUAUGUUUAAAGCUAGAAAAUUUGCUCUUCUUUACACACUUGGCAGUGUUUUCUUUAUUUUAAGUUUCUGCUUUCUAUCUGGCUUUACGGCAUUCUUCAAACAAAUGUUCUCCAAGCCGCGACUUCUUGUUUCAGCUUCUUAUACAUUUUGUCUCAUUGCUACGCUUUACUGGUCUUUGUUUGCCCAAAGCACUGCACUCACGGUGCUCUUUGCUGUGGCGCAAAUAAUCGCCUUGCUUUUUAUGGUUUUGGGAACUGUUCCUGGUGGUGCAACAGGAGUUCGUUUCUUUGGUCAAUUAUUUAAGAGCAAAGUUACCAAUACACUGCCGGUCUAGACUAACAACAACUUGCCUCAGUAAAAUAGGAAGAAAGGAGGAAGCAAUAUUUAAUCGAUUGCUGAAUAAAUAAAAAGUACCACACUGUAAUUGGUAUUUGAAAUUAGUUUUAAAAAUGCUAUAAUGUAAGUUUAUGUGAUAUAUUUUCUUUUUUUUUGUAUAUAUAAUUACGAAAUACAAUCGAAAGCACAGUA